AUGGCAGAGAUUAGAUCGGAAAUCACAAAUGAGGCUGAUACCUAUAAUGAAGAUCAAAAAAUAAAAUCUUUAUAUACCCCUCUCCAAGAAAAUAUUCAAACCAUCAAACAAGGAAUGCACAAUACAUAUACAUAUUUUAGCAUUGAAGUCCUUGAUACCUCAAAAAUGCUAACAAUCUAGUAAAUCAUAUACAGCGCAGAGCCAUGUAACGAAGAAAGCGACCCAGAUAUUUAUCUUUCUAAUACUACACCAUAUGUCGAUAUGAGUACAUCAUAAUUAGAUAACUAUAUAUGAGAAUCAACAAAAAUCGGUGCAGAUAAGCUUCAAAUUCACCCAUACGACGCAGGAUUUAAAGUAGGGACUUAUUAUAUUGGUGUCCACGCAUAUAAGCAAGGCCUUAAUACUUUUAAAGUUUGGUACACUUUAACAGAAAUCCCAAUUUCAUUAGAGCUCAAUCAAGUGUAUACAGGGAUAGUCCAUGAUUGAAAAUAUUUUAAAUUCCCAAUCAAACAUGCUGGGGAUAGCAGAAUUGAAGUAAAACUGAGUCCUGGGUAUGGAAAAUUAGCAUUAUUUGUGUCAAAAGAUCUUUAUUACCCAAGCGAAAAAGAGCACCAAUGAAGCUUAGGAUUUUAUGGUGACAUUAGCAUUUUUGAUGAUGAUUUCUUCGGCAGCACUUAUGACGUGCUAGAUCUUGACCCAUAUGAUGAAUAUUUAAAGAGAAACUACACAAGGAGGCCAACUGCACUAGAAUUAGAAAGAAUCGCAAAAUUAGAAGAAACUGAGCCAAGACGAACAGAUGGAGGAGAGCUCAGAUUUUGUAUUGAUUCUGAUGAUUGGAAAUGCACAAGUGAAGCUUGUUUUGUAAGUGUGAGAAAUUUGACUAAUGAAGAUGUGGAGUUUAAUAUAUCACAAAGAGAAGUCCCAGAGGUAGAACUGGUGCCACCUGAGCUUGCACACCGUUAUCAGUAUUUUACAAAAUUAUUUGAAGAUGUCGAUGGAGGGAAUGUAUCUGGAGCUGAGAGAAAAAGGCUGAAAAUUACGGGAAAAUGCGAAUUCACGUAUGGGGAAAUUGAAUUUAUGCAUAUGGUACCGAUAUUUGAACUAUGCAAGCCAAAAGAAGGAGAAGUUUUUUAUGAUUUAGGAUGUGGUGCUGGAAAAUGCUUAGUAGCGGCUGCACUAGCAUUUCCAAACUUGAGACUUUGUAAAGGGAUUGAGCUUUUACCUGGUCUUUGUGAUUUAUGUAAAAGAACUGUCGAUUCUAUGUACGGCGAAAUCCAGGCUGCUCCAAUCGAAGUAAUUCAAGGCGAUAUUUUAGAAAUCGACUGAUCAGACGCUGACAUAAUUUAUACCUCAAGCAUCUGUUUCCCCCAAGAAAUCAUAGAAGGUAUGCUUGUGAAAGCAAGCCAGCUUAAAAAAGGCUCAAGAAUCAUCACCCUGAAGCUUUUUCCUCCAAACGAAGUUUUCGAAACAAAAUUCAAUGUCAGAGUGAAAAUGACCUGGGGUAAAACGGCUGUUUAUGUCUUAGAAAAAAUAGUUUAA